AUGCCGUGGGAGCGUUCCCGGCAUUCCCAGCGCUCCGGAAUUCCCGGGAUUCCCGCAGGCCGGAAGCACAUGCGGCAGUCCACCACGGAGCACACCCGGCAGACGUUCCUGCGGCUCCAGGAGCGCCAGGUGCAAUCCAAGAGGAAAAAGGGAGGCCCCAACUACGAGCGGCCUCUGACCCAGGAGGAGCUGCUGGAGGAGGCCAAGAUCACCGAGGAGAUCAACCUGCGAUCCCUGGAGAACUACGAGCGCCUGGAGGCCGACAAGAAGAAGCAGGUGCAGAAGAAGAGGAAGAUCGUGGGCCCCGUCAUCCGCUACUGGUCCCUGACCAUGCCCCUCCUGCCCGAGCCCGGCCGCGACGACCCCGUGGACGUCGAGGGGUGA